UGUGGCUGUCCAGCCUCCCGUAGCGAGCGAUCGAUCGAGACAUCUCGUGAUCAGCGCGUUCUAGCAUCAUCGCCAGUUCGACCGCCGCUGGUUGCGCUGAUAGAUCCAGCUCCUGACAUUCUUCACCACCGUCAUCUGCUCGCUUGUCUUCCCUAGCUGAACGAGCGCUGCUAUUAUCCGCCCCGCUUUAUGUCCGAAUCCCGCCGUCCAUCCACUCACCACACGAUUGCGAACCUGUCUCCUCAAUCUUCCCCGAGCUCGUGCCGCACCUAUUCCCAGAGAACUUCCGCAAGCAUGACAACUAAACGGCGGGGGACCGUCGCGGGGUCUCCAGAGGGUCCAACAAAGGGCCAGAAACGUCGCAGGACCUCAACUUUUGUCCCCGAAACCGACGAAACUCCCGAGAAAACUACAGAAGCUGGUCUAGAACUAAUCGCGCAAAUCAAACAGGCUACUGAUAAGCAUGGACAACUCGUUGCAACUGAAUUCAUUCAUCUUCCUAACUGGAAAGAAAACCCGCAUUAUUACCAAGCCAUUCGGCUUCCCAUUGCCCUAGAUACAGUGGAGAACAAACUGAAGAAGCACCAAUACCCCUGUUUGACUCCCGUGGAAAGCGAUCUCCGCAGGAUGGUCAGCAACGCUAAAUACUACAAUGAUAAAGGCUCAAUGAUUUUUUCGAACGCGGAGCGCAUACGGAAAUUAAUAGCAAAUAAAAUGUCCAUCAUAAACCCAGCAUAUAACGAUCCAAACUACGCCCCGUUUGCUACCCCUAUACCAGAGGAGGAAGACGCGGAUGACGAAAAGGUGUCUCCUGAAACCGGAAAUGGGGCUGAUGCUGGAGAUGAAGAAGAAAAGAAAUCCACAACCGAGACACCAGCCUUGGAUCAGGUGGUCAACCAGAACGAUAACGAAAACUUCAACUUCGAGGGGGAAACGUAUGAAAGUGCCCAGGAAAAGAUAAUCACCGGAAUGAUUCGAUUGAAAGAUUCAGACGGCGAAGAAGUUUUUUUUCCCUUCCUCAGUAUGCCAGAUCGGAACUUGUACAAGGAGUACUAUGAAAUAAUAAAGCACCCUGUGUCUCUAAGAGCUAUCCUAAAACGCGUUCGAGGCACAGACGGACGGAAGAAUUCUACGAAAACCACGCCGUUUAAAACGUGGGACGCGUUCGAGGAGGAAGUCAGCUAUAUCUGGCGCAAUGCCAGGGAAUUCAAUGAGGACGGGAGCGAAAUAGUCGCGCUUGCGGGCUCGCUUGAGGAAUAUUUCCGUCGACUUCUUGCGGAGGCACGAAAGCAGGUUCCUGAACCUCCACCCACCACGAACGGCGAUACCCCGGGUCCUCGUAUUAAACUCCGCAUGGGAACCACGAAGACUCCAGAACCAGCGCCGCAGAAACUGACUUUGCGACUUCCGGGAAAAGUUGGUGACCAAUCGACGGACAUGGAACAUCGCCAAGGCGGAGUUUCUAUAGAUACUGAAGCCCUACGGAGGCAACAGGAGCACGUUAAGGCAAGUUCAAACGGCCUCGAAGUUCCAGAUCGACCAACACCUCCAAGAAGAACCCUAAGAGAUCGGUCGGGGUCUGGAACAAGGGCUGUAUCGACGCGAAGCACGCGCUCGCAGGAGCAAGAGAGAGAGCAGCGAAAUGCACAAGGAGCAUCGCCUGUUCGGCCCUCUUCUGCUGUCAAAGUUGAAAGUACAGGGCCAUCGACGCCAAAUCUAAGAAGCCUGGCAAGCCAAGAAUCCAUAAAGCCGCUCCACGAUGCGCAUCGUCGAGUUGCUUCCGGCUCUGCUGAGCCAUCAAAAUUGAUGACCCCCUCGGCAGGUGCUGUCCCCAUGCAACCUAACAACACCCAAGAAGUAUUACAACAGUUCGGCUCCCGUUCAUACCCAUACCCAUCUCCUGUCCCGGCGGUGUCCCCGAUGGACUUGAGAGCAAGGCAAUCCGGCAAAGGCCCCUUAAUAUCCCAUGUCAGGCUAUUCAGCCAUCCAAACCUCAACCUACGACAAUCAUUCCUUCUAGAUAUCCCACCCUCAUCGACCCAAACGCAACAGUCCAUAACUAUCAACCUCCCCGCGAAAUCCCACAUUCUCUGCAUCACCCCAACGAUUAUCCCAAGCUCGGUACAACGCCAGACGCAGCUCACCGUUACCGUCGGCAACAGUCAACGGUUAUCCCCGAUGCUGUCACCGUCGCGAACCAUGGACCCGACCAAACCCUAUUAUGAGGUCCGGCUGGGCAUCGGCAUUACCAAGAUUGAUAUUGAAAUGAAUGCUAGUAGCAGUGCCACCCGCGGAGGGAAUGGGCUGAAAUCAUUUCCCGGACAAGAUGCGGAGUAUGAGCGAUUGACAGUCUAUGCUAACCUGAUGAGAGUGUGAGAUUUAAGUGCCAAUUCGGAGCGGGGUUGGGAAGUUGUUAUCUUGUUUGCGGUAUCCUCACGGACACAGAGCUCGUUGGAUUCGAUGAAGCUGCGAACUAUCCUUGCACAUAUUCUUAGUUCUUUUUUUCUUUUUUUUUUUUUUCCUUUUUUUUUUUUCCUUCCUUUUUUCCCCUUUCGUUCUUUCCUACACUCCCUCUAUCUUCCUUCUUUUCUUUGUUCUCAUAUAUUUGUUUUUCUGAUAUAUGGUUUUGGCGGCGAUAUCAGGCGCGUAUGGGUCUUCGAGUGGCGUGUGGCAGAUUCAAUCAAGGGGCGGCCAAUUCCCGGAGUUUAUGUGCUUCUCAAUCAGCUGUCAUUUCUCAGCAGGCGCUUUUCUUUUUCUUUGUAUUAAUAUAGGUUCAUAUAGUUAUCUAGUUCGCUAGGGAAUAAAUUUACAGCU